CGCCGGGCUCGGGCCCGGCCGGGCGCGGAGCGGCGCGGCCGCGGAGCAGCUGCCUGGGCGCGACGUGGAGGGCUGGCGGCGGCGGCGGCGGCGGCGGCGAUGCACUAGGCCUCGCUCGGGGCGGCUGCCCGGGACCCGCAGUUGAGUGGUGAUUUUAUGCAAUGGCUUCAAGCCACAGUUCUUCACCAGUGCCUCAAGGAAGCGGUAGUGAUGUUUUCUUUAAAAAAGAGGUAGAUUCAACAAAACACAUCCGACCUGUACAGUCACUGCCAGAUGUGUGUCCCAAGGAACCCACAGGUGAUUCAAAUAGUUUAUGUGUUGCCCCAUCUCUAGUUGCAGAUCAACAUAGAUGGACUAUAUAUCAUUCCAAAGUAAAUCUUCCAGCAGCAUUAAAUGAUCCUAGAUUAGCAAAAAGAGAAUCUGAUUUCUUCACAAAAACUUGGGGAUUGGAUUUUGUGGACACAGAUGUCAUACCUUCAUGCUACCUCCCACAGAUCAGCAAGGAUCAUUUUACAGCUUAUCAACAGGAAAUCUCUCAGAGAGAGAAGAUUCAUGAGAGAUGCAAGAAUAUUUGUCCUCCUAAAGAUACCUUUGACAGAACGCUCUUACAUACUCAUGAUAAAUCCAGGACAGAUCUGGAGCAAGUACCUAAGAUUUUUAUGAAACCAGAUUUUGCCUUGGAGGAUUCCUUAACUUUUAAUUCAGUUUUACCGUGGUCUCAUUUUAAUACUGCUGGUGGAAAAGGAAAUCGUGAUGCAGCGUCUUCAAAGUUGUUACAAGAAAAGCUGAGCCAUUAUCUGGAUAUUGUGGAAGUAAACAUUGCUCAUCAGAUCUCUCUACGUUCAGAAGCAUUUUUUCAUGCAAUGACCUCUCAACACGAAUUGCAGGACUACCUCAAGAAAACUUCCCAGGCUGUAAAAAUGCUUCGAGAUAAAAUUGCACAGAUUGACAAAGUAAUGUGUGAAGGAUCACUACAUAUUUUAAGACUGGCACUUACCAGAAAUAAUUGUGUUAAAGUGUACAAUAAACUGAAGUUAAUGGCUACUGUACACCAGACCCAACCUACAGUACAGGUGUUGUUAUCUACUUCUGAAUUUGUUGGAGCAUUGGACUUAAUAGCUACAACACAAGAGGUUCUACAGCAGGAACUUCAGGGCAUUCACAGCUUCCGACAUUUGGGAUCACAGCUUUGUGAGUUAGAAAAACUGAUAGAUAAAAUGAUGAUUGCAGAAUUUUCUACUUAUUCUCAUAAUGAUUUAAAUAGACCACUGGAAGACGACUGUCAGAUUUUAGAAGAGGAAAGACUAGUAUCUCUUGUAUUUGGACUUUUAAAACAAAGAAAACUUAAUUUUUUAGAAAUCUAUAGUGAAGAAAUGAUCAUUACAGCAAAGAAUAUCAUUAAACAGUGUGUGAUUAAUAAAAUUUCACAGAUAGAAGAAAUAGAUACAGAUGUUGUUUUGAAGCUUGCUGAUCAGAUGAGAAAGUUGAAUUUUCCUCAGUGGUUUGAUCUGCUCAAGGAUAUAUUCUCUAAGUUUACAAAUUUCCUUCAGAGAGUUAAGGCAACAUUAAACAUUAUUCACAGUGUUGUUCUCUCAGUUCUUGACAAAAAUCAAAGGACUAGAGAAUUGGAGGAAAUUUCACAGCAGAAGAAUACAACAAAAGAUAAUUCACUGGACACAGAGGUGGCUUAUUUAAUCCAUGAAGGCAUGUUUAUAAGUGAUACAUUCAGUGAAGGGGAAUUAACACCUAUAGCAAUGGACUCUACUUCGCAAAGAAAUGCAUCUCCAAAUAGCGAGCCCUGCAGCAGUGACUCAGUAUCUGAACCAGAAUGUACUACUGAUUCUUCAUCCAGCAAAGAGCAGACAUCAUCUUAUGCUACUCCAGGAGGUGUAGAUAUUAUAAUCAGCGAAGACAUGAAAUUAACUGAUUUAGAACUAGGAAAGCUGGCAAAUAAUAUCCAGGAGUUACUGUAUAGUGCCUCAGAUAUAUGUCAUGAUCGAGCUGUCAAAUUUCUCAUGUCAAGAGCAAAGGAUGGUUUUCUUGAGAAGCUAAAUUCCACGGAAUUCAUUACACUUUCUAGAUUAAUGGAAACAUUUAUUUUAGACACUGAGCAGAUCUGUGGAAGGAAAAGUAUGUCUUUAUUUGGAGCACUUCAGAGCCAAGCUAAUAAAUUUGUUAAUAGGUUUCAUGAAGAAAGAAAAACCAAGCUCAGCCUCCUCUUAGACAAUGAACGCUGGAAGCAAGCUGAUGUUCCUGCAGAAUUCCAGGAUCUUGUUGAUUCUAUAUCAGAUGGAAAGAUUGCUUUACCUGAAAAAAAAUCAGGGGCUGCAGAAGAAAGGAAACCAGCUGAAGUUCUCAUUGUAGAGGGACAACAAUAUGCUGUUGUUGGAACUGUAUUGCUGUUGAUCAGAAUUAUUCUUGAAUAUUGUCAAUGCGUGGAUAACAUCCCAUCUGUUACUACUGACAUGCUUACUCGUCUGUCAGAUUUAUUAAAGUACUUCAAUUCACGAAGUUGCCAGUUAGUUCUUGGAGCAGGUGCACUGCAAGUUGUUGGACUAAAAACAAUAACUACAAAAAAUUUGGCUCUUUCUUCACGCUGCUUGCAGUUAAUUGUGCACUACAUUCCUGUGAUCCGGGCUCAUUUUGAAGCUCGACUGCAGCCUAAGCAGUAUAACAUGCUUAGGCAUUUUGAUCAUAUCACUAAGGACUACCAUGACCACAUAGCUGAAAUAUCAGCUAAACUUGUAGCGAUAAUGGAUAGCUUAUUUGACAAGCUGUUAUCUAAGUAUGAGGUGAAAGCUCCCGUUCCUUCUGCCUGUUUUAGGAAUAUUUGUAAGCAAAUGGCAAAAAUGCAUGAAGCGAUAUUUGAUCUUCUUCCGGAAGAACAAACACAAAUGUUGUUUUUAAGAAUUAAUGCAAGUUACAAACUUCACUUGAAAAAGCAGUUAUGUCACUUAAAUGUGAUAAAUGAUGGAGGACCUCAAAAUGGGUUGGUCACAGCAGAUGUAGCUUUUUACACUGGAAAUCUUCAAGCCUUAAAAGGCCUUAAAGAUUUGGACCUAAAUAUGGCUGAGAUCUGGGAACAGAAGAGGUGAUAACAUUGAAAAACUGGGAACUUCAUUUGACCAUGGGCUAUACGUGUGAAGAAAGUAUGGAUGCCUGUCAUUCAAGAACUGAACCUGGAACCCAAAGUGAACUGGGUGGAAAAGUGGGGAAAAGGAAAGUAUCAGUGUUGGAAAACUGGGAUUCAGUGGGAUCUAUAAGGAAUACCAUUUUUAUGUUUCCUUUAGUGAGGAGUAAUUGAUCAGGUGUCUAUAACAUUUUUCAUUCUCUCUGGAAACAGACUCAGGUUUCUUUGGACCAAAUCCAAAAGAACACAUAGCUGUAACACAGCUGUAGUUGACUAGAAUGCUCUGUAUACUUUAUAUUAAAAAAUGCUUUGCAUUUCUUCCAGUGCAAUGAAAUUCAUAUGGUGUCCCACCUUAUUUAAUGAUGGUACAAUUUAAAAUAUUAAAAUCUUAGUCAACCUCUGUAGAAAGUUUUCUCUAUGAAAGUAAAGCUGUUUGAAAAUUAUUUUUUUACAGAUCUUUCUAUAAAAAAUAAACAUCUUUUGAUUGCUUGAAUUUUAGGAAUUCAAUUUUUGUUUUAGUGGCCAAUGUCAAAUUUUAGGCUUUGUGUGUCGAGUAUUUAAUAUUUUUACUACACGGUAUGUCAGCUGGGGAAAGCCUUCAGAAUAGUCUAAAUACUUGAAAGUCUGAUCAUAAGUAGUAACUAAAGAAUAAGAUACUGGCAUUUGUGCACCUUUUAAUAUUUUUCAGAAGUGGUAUUUGAAAAGUUGUGGUUUAAUGGUUGUAUUUUUAUAAAAGUAUCUGAUGGGUUGGUGGAGGGGGGCUUAUUUCUAGCAAAAGUAAGAAAACAUGUUUAUGUAUUCUACCUACUUACUGGUUCUCAUUUUCACAUUUACAUGACUGAUGGAAGUAUGGCCUCCCUGGGUUCUUGUUUCAGAAGGUAAAAAACUUUUAUAAUACAGGCUGCCACGUGGGGGCCAGAAAUUAGAUGAGAAGUAAGUUACUUAAAAACUUCUAAUACCUACCUUCAAAAUUUAGAAUCAGCAGCACUCUGCAAAUGAAAGUGCCUGUGCCUCAGCUCACACCAGAAAUCUUGUUUAACCUGGUCAGAGUGCCUAACCCUGUGAUUAUGUAAUGAAAUAAUCUCAUUUUGUGCUCUUUGGUUUCCUAAGAGGAAAGCCUGUUUUCUUUCCUUUAUCAUUACAGAGGUAUGUCAUUGGUUCUCAAAUUGUCUGUCUAAAAUAAAGCUAUAAGAAAUUACCAGACUUUAAAAGACAAAUUUUUUUAAUAGUAUACAGUCAACUUUAAACAAGUAACCUACUCAAAACAAGUAUGGAAGAAUUGGAAAAUGUGUUUGGAUUCUUAGAGAAAAGGCACAAAUUGAACCACCUGCAGGCCUGUUUUUCAGUGAAAACAGCAGCUUAAAGAAAAGCUUGAAGAAAAGGGAACUUUUUAUAAAAUUAUAAACCCACCCCACAUUACUAGAAAACAAGGAAUAAAAGAAAUGUCCUAUCUCUGCCCACCCAUCUCCCUCAGCUGGGAAAAGAACUACCACAUUGUUUGGAUAAAUUAAGAGUCUAUAAAGCAUGGCAGGCAUCCCAGUUUUAAAACUAGAUGAAAAAGGUACACCUUCAAGUUUAAUUCCUAUAGAAAUAAUAGUGUGGUUAAAAUUUGUAGAAAUGCAA